AUGGCCAACACCAACACCGUUCACCAGUACAUUAUACAACCACCACAGUACGGUCUCCCUUCCGUAAGCCCAACACCUCCACAAUAUGGCCCUCCACUUAAUAAGGUGCUCUUCAUCACUGUUUCACAAUGCACAAACCUCAACCUCAAAGGAAUAUUAGAGACCAUGUGGGAGAAACUUUUUGAAAAAAAGAAACCUGAGUUUCAGAAUGUGGAGGAUGGGCAAAGACAGCUGCAGCAACAACUUCUUAAACAAGAGAAGCCAAUUUUAGUGAUAUUGGAUGAUGUUUGGUCCAGAUCAAAUUUGGAUAAAUUACUAUUCGAAGGAAGAGGAUACAAGACCCUCAUAACAACAAGAGACAUUUCUAUUAUCCCCAAAAACACCUGUACUAAACUGUAUCAAUUACCAUUGUUGAGCCAAGGAGAUGCUCUAUCCCUUUUCUGCUUCUGGGCUUUUGGACAGACAACAAUUCCAGGAACUGCAGAUGCAAAUCUAGUAAAGGAGGUGCAAGCAGAAUGUGGAGGCCUACCACUUGCUCUGAAGGUGAUUGGAAGCACUUUGCAUGGGGAACCUCAAGUGGCUUGGAAAAGGGCAAACAGCAGUCUCUCCAAAGGAGAAUCUAUAUCAGAUUAUCAUAGAGAAGGCUUACUUGAAUGCUUAGCGACUAGUAUUGAUUUCUUGGAUGAUAUAGUGAGAGAGUGUUUCCUAGACUUAGGAUCAUUUCCAGAGGACAAGAAAAUCUGUGCUGAUGCACUAUUGGAUAUUUGGGUUAAUGUUAGAAAAUUAGAGUGGCAAGAUGCCUUUGUCAUCUUAUUGGAACUUGCAAGCAGGAACCUUUUGAAUUUAAGUAGCAAUCCAAGGAAUCAAGCAGCUAUCUCUUAUGGAAAUGCCUCGGAGCUGUACUUUUUUCAGCAUGAUGUAAUACGAGACUUAGCCUUGUACUUGGAAUUCGGAGACAGUGCAGUCCAUAGUAAAAGGUUAUUUAUGCCUAGGAAAGAGAGUAGUUUACCUCAGAAAUGGAAAUUGCAUACUAAUAAAACAUUUGGUGCUCAAAUUGUCUCUAUUCACACAGGUCCUAUGAAUUCAUCUCAGUGGGAUGAAAUGAAUUUUCCAGAGGCAGAGCUUAUGGUGAUAGUAUUUGCUUCAAGAGAAUACUUUCUUCCCCCAUUUUUGAAAUCUAUGAAAAAACUAAAAAUUCUCAUGGUAUUCAAUUAUGGUUCAAAAAGGGCCACAUUGAAAGGAAUAGAUGCCUUAUCUUCACUCACUCAGUUAAAAGUUCUUCACUUGGAGAGGUUAAUUGCACCACCGGUUGAAAUACAGAACAUAGAGAAGCUCUCUUUAAGCUUAUGUGAAGGGUUUGAAAGUACCUCGACAUUGAACAAUACCAAGCUGCAAUAUUUUAACCUAGACCACUGCAGUGAUCUGGAGGCGUUGCCUUCUGGAAUCUGCCAUAUGCAAUCCAUUCAGAUUCUGUCUGUUACAAAUUGUCAUCUUAUUCAGAAUCUACCCUCUGAUAUUGUGAGUAUGAGCUGUCUAAGAGUGUUAAGGCUAUCGGCAUUACCAGGCCUUAAAGAACUUCCUUCCUCAAUUGGAAAUCUUGUGUGGCUGGAAUAUCUGGACAUAUCAGUAUGUGAGGGUUUGAAAAAACUUCCAGAGGAAAUAGGAAAAUUGGAGAAAUUGAGUGAAUUUGACAUGAGGGAGUGUUCUCGUUUGAGGAGGCUACCUAGAACCGUCAGUGGGUUAGGGCAUGAAUCCCACACAUGGCAAAUUAAAGUGCAACUGUCAUUAAUUGAGAAAGAUUUGUGGGAGAUUGUGGAUGGGACUGUAAGAAAGCCACAAGAUGCAGAUAUAGCAACGAAGUGGACAACAAAAGAUCGUAGGGCCACGACAUUGGUUGGUCAUGGUCUAUCAAAUGCAUACUUGCAUCCUAUUGAUUUAUCAAAGAUGUCAAAAGCAAUAUGGGAGGGGCUCAAUGUCUUGUUUGGUUCUCAGGCUUCCAGUGCCAAGAUGUCUAUUAAGUAG